AUGAUCAUCCCUGUUCGUUGUUUUACUUGUGGUAAAGUUAUUGGUAAUAAAUGGGACAAGUACCUCCAACUUUUGAAUUCCGAAGCUUUAAAUACAUUAGGCUUGAAGAGAUAUUGUUGUAGAAGAAUGUUGCUUACCCACGUCGAACUUAUUGAAAAAUUAUUGUUAUAUAAUACUACUGAUAAGGAUGAAGAACAAGAAGAUCAAGCAACAUACAACGCUUAA